AUGACGGAGGGCAUCCCGAAGGAGUGGACGACGACGUGGAAUCUCUUCGACGACCGGAAGACGGGCUUCGUCUCGCACCUCGACCUCAAACACAUCCUGCGCAGCCUCGGCCGGCGCCACUCCGAGGCCGAAUUCUACACCCUCCUCACCCCCCUGCCGGACCCCGCGCCCUUCAGCGCCUUUCUCCAUCUCAUGCACCAGUCCUAUCAGGGGCCGACGGAGGAGGACCUCCUUGUGGCUCUCCGCGCCUUCGACCACAACGGCUCCGGCGCCCUGCGCCUCUCCGAGCUCGUCGUCCUGCUCUCAUCGCUCGGGGAGAAAAUGCCGGAAGGGCAGGUCCGCCAGCUCCUCUCCGAGGUCCCCACGGACAAGGAGGGGAACCUCAACAUCGAUGAUUUGGUGCGGUUUUUGGUCGCCCCGGUCGCGAUCGCCCCGCAGGAGAUCGGUGAGAUCCAAAAACAGCUCGGCCUACCGUCAUAG